AGAAGAGAGAGCGAGAAGAGAGGAACAUGACGAAACGGCACCUCGGAGGACGGACAAACUAUAGGCUGAGAGACGGACGGACAGUCAGUCGCCUUUCCUCCUCCUCCUCCCCCCCCUCCUCCUCCUCCUCCUCCUCCUCCUGCUCGCUGACGGCUUGACUGACACACACGCAGGCGCCUGGCACAGACGGGGGACAUACAUGCACAUCAUUCACUUUUUGGUCGCAAACACGCAGGCUGCGCAUCCGCCAAUUGGGCAGCGGAGAUCCACGGCGGCUGAGGGAGGGCAUCGCAUGUCCAGCCCGGCCAGGAAUCACUGUGACCCCGACGGGAAGGAGUUCGACUUGACAGGAUGGGGGGAGUAAGUGAGGGAGAUGAUGUGUUGGCUCGAUGGAGUGAUGGACUGCUGUACCUCGGCAAUGUGAAAAGAGUAGACGGAGUCAAGCAAUGUUGUCUGGUGAGAUUUGAGGACAACUCAGAGUUCUGGGUACUGAGGAAGGACAUUCACUCGUUCGCCGCUGGAGUGGAAGAAGUUUGCUGUAUUUGUGACGCUCCGCCUCUUAAAGAACCCCUCAUAAAUUGUCUUAAAUGUCGCCACGGUUAUCACGCAGAGUGCCACACACCAACCAUCGAACCGGAAGCUGACAGCGACUCGUGGAUAUGUCGGCAGUGUGUCUUUGCAGUCGCAACCAAGAGAGGCGGGGCCCUUAAGCGGGGACGCUUCGCCCGGCUCAUGCAGUUCAUGAAACUCCGACUCCCGUACCAGCUGUCGUCUUUAGACUGGGACCCGCAGCACCUGACCAAUCAGCAGCAGUGUUACUGCUACUGUGCCGGACCUGGAGAGUGGAACCUGAAGAUGCUGCAGUGCGGAGGCUGUGGUCAGUGGUUCCACGAGGCCUGCACACAGUGUCUGACCAAGCCACUGCUGUAUGGGGACAGGUUUUAUCAGUUCCAGUGCUCUUUAUGUACAAAGGGACCAGAGACCAUCCAAAGACUACCCAUGACCUGGGUGGAUUUGGCUCAUUUAGUGCUCUACCAUCUCUCGCUGUGCUGCAAGAGGAAAUACUUUGAUUUUGACCAUGAAAUCCUGUCCUUCACCAACGAGAACUGGGACUCAUUGCUCCUAGGCGCGCUCUCCGACACGCCGAAGCAGGACCGCUGUCACAAUCUCCUCAACGCCCUGAACUCCCACAAGGACAGGUUUGUCUCUGGGAAGGAGAUCAAGAAGAAGAAGUGUCUCUUCGGGCUCCAGGUCCGAGCCCCGCCUCCGCUGACGUCCGACUCGUCCCCCCUCAUCACUGAGCCCCCGAUCAACAUCACACACCGGAGAAGCCCGCUGUCACUGCCCUGCCAGAGGAGAGCGGGGGGGCCGGAGUCACGUAAAUCAAAGCGUCGCAUCAUAGAGACACAGGCUUGUCAACCUCCAGUCGCUGCCAACCCCAUUGAGCUGCUGCCAUGUUGCCAUGGUUACAUGGGAGGGGCUAACCUUUACAACUCCAGGAAGUCAGAGGAGGAGCUCAACCUGAGCUCUCCUCCCAAACGCAUGUACGGCCGGUACCACACCGCCUACAAUGGAAACACUGCACUCUCCAGGAAUCUCCAUCACUACAACAGCACGGAGGACACCUGCAGGUUACCACCACCAUGCUUGCCGUACCCCCUCAGUUCCAAUGGCAGCCAUCACCACCACCACCACCACCACCACCACCACCAGCAGCAGCAGCAGCAGCACCAUCACAGCCACCAACACAACCACCAGCACCAGCAGCAGCCGGGGCAGAAGCAGCUGGAGCCGCUCAUCCUUCGCGAUCUGCCUCCCUACCAGGCCGGCGGCGGCACAGGGGGUGGCGUGGACGGAGGAGGAGGAGGAGGAGGAGGAGGAGGAGGGGGCGGCGGGACAGUGGCCAGGAGCUGGGGCGGAGGGGAGGCAGUGAGGAUCUUGGCGAGACGCGUCACACCGGACGGGAAGGUCCAGUACCUCGUGGAGUGGGAGAACGUGAGUUUGUACUGAGAGUGAACACGGAGCGCAAUGACUGUUUUUGCAGCUGCCACAGGAAUACUGUGGAUGUGAUGCGUGGCAGUGUUUGAAGUACAAACAAGACUGAAAUGAAGAAAAAAAUAAUAAUAAUCCAUACACGUUGCAAAAUCCAGGUUGCUCCCAUAAGUAUCACCUCUACUCUACAUCAUUAUAACCUCACUACUCGUUACUUAAUGUCCCUCUUUGCUAGUGUUUUCUCUGAUAUUUGUACUGUUAACUUUGGAAUAUGCCUUUGCAUUUAUCAUGUUUUGAAGUGUUGAGAGAAAAUAUUUAGGCCUCCCGAUGAUUUGUCAAUGUGUGGGUCACAUCAAAAAACUAUCCUCCUAUCUAAAUUUACAGUAAGGUUUAUGCGCAACGGUAUUGUACCAGAAAUUAAAGGGGGGGGGGGGGUAAUUACUGCUUUUUCAUUUCUAAAUUUAUAAUAAGUUACCACAAAUAAAACAAUAAACUCCCAUUGAUCGCCAUAAUAGACAACAUGCUGCUAAUAUAAAGAAAUAGUUUGAUAUUCAUGCUUAUUUGCCUUCUGAUAUGAUACCACUUUCAUGUCUGUGCAGUAAAUAGAAAGGGACAGUUCAGCUCAGCAUGAAGACUGGAAUGGAUGUAGGACAAACAACUGGCCAAAGGUUAAAAAAACAACAACAUAUAUAUGAGAUUAAAAUGUUCACUGCCUCUACAGUUUUCGUUUUUAUAUCUAAAAAAUGACAAGUUGUAUUUUUAUAAGGGGUUCUGUGGUGGAAAAGACCAGUAAGCAACUGUGGCUACCAAUGAAACAGCCGUAGCUGUUUCCCCCUGAUUCUAGUCUUUCUGUUAAGCUAAAUGUCUCAAACUGUAGCCUCAUAUUCAAUGCACAGACAUGAGAAAGCAAAUGAACAUAUUUACCAAAAUGUGGAAGAGGUUUUUUUUUAAUCAUUAUAUAAGGAGAAAAACAAGUAGUGUUUUUAAAAGAGGGCAAAAACAUUUUGAAAUUGAAGUAAUUUACAAUUCAAUGUAAAAAUAAAUUGGGUAUGAAAUGCAUUUGAAUUAUAUAACGCAUUACGUAACACAAAGAACCGAGUUCGCAUUAAUUUGACGAUUUGCAAGUCAAAAGAUUUAAAGAAGUGAAGGACAGAAACUAACUGCAUUUUGGGGAGAAAAAAAAAGCAAAUUUCAUUGUGCUUUUCCAGCAUUUUAAUCACUACACUCUCUACUGUAUAGUGUUAUUAUCAUUUAAAUUUCUACUACCAUGAUAAUCUGUAGGUGUCUAAAAUAGGUUUUUUUUUAUUAACCAAAUUUAGUCCAAUUAGUCUUGACACCGAGAUGAUUAAAUGGCCGGACUCAAAUGACCAAAUUACAACAAAGUGGGUACUUUAAAUGAAGGGGGCGGCUCGUGAAAAAACGGCAACCUUUUAUUGUCCAGGAAGAGACAGAGACAGAGCAGAGCUACCAGUCUGGUGUUGGUUGAUGCCUUGCUGGAGGACACUGUAACAGUGGAGGUUUAUCGAUGUAGUCCAUUUUAACUUUGGCUCCAAUCAACGACAAAUUCUCCGGGGGUUUUUUCAUAUUUUGUUCUCAUCGCAGUAUGUUAAUAAAAGAUUGUAUACAUGUUAUGAAGAGGUUACUUAUUCCUUACGUUAGAUUUUGUCACACAUAAUUUACAUUUAGACUAUUACACGUAUUAGAAAUAGGAGCCACAAGAGGGCUUUUGUUUUAUAGAUAGAAUUAUAUAUUCACAAUAUAUUGCUAUGAUCUAAUAACUUUUUAUUUUAUUUUUUAUUUGUUGACGUGGUUGCAUAGUGCCUACGUGGGUUGUGUACCCGCCAAUAGCCCAAUCAGAUGACACAUGGCCAUGUUGCUACAAAGCAAGAGGAUGGCUCAUUAUCAGUUCACAGAUACAACCACGUGGGUAAAUGACAAACAGUUAUAGAGCGAGUUUUUGAUUAUAACAGGACUGUGAUCUAACUGUACAUUCCAAACUAAUGACACACACACACACGCGCGCACACACAAAAGAAAUGACUCUAUAUGUUGCUGAAAUGUCUAUUUGAAGUCAUCAUAAUCGAAAUUAUUUUGAUAGAGUGCGUUUAUUUUGGUGGUCGUUUUUUCUUUGUUGUGUGUUGAAUGAGUUUGAUCCUUUGCGUUCAAAGUUACAGUACAGGUGAAAAAGACACUGACGGGUCGUCUGAACUUCGAACCCGCAGUCUUUCGUUUUUAAAAGUGCACGGUGACAACGUGGCCGGGGGUCCGGACCGAUCGUGUCCCUUCUCCUCGGGUGGGUGUUUAGAGAGCAGACGUUGUUCGGAGUUUAUUUUAUCUUUCGUAAGUUGGAUUUUAUCUGCGCGCAAACUUGCAAGUCACAUAAAUCUAGAAAAAAAAACAACAACUGCGGUGCAAGUUUCAGAGUUUAUAUUUUAUACAGAGGUUUAUUUCAAGCAAAUCUGCUCAGAUAAAACUCACAGGACAUACACAUUCGUCAGUGUUAUCUUGGGGGAGAGACUGUACUACUGGUUUGGUUGAGUACAAACAAAUGACAAAUACAGCAUUUAUAUGGUUAUUCAAACCUCUCCGAUUUUAUUUAAACACAAACCUAUCUGUUGAAUCAUCUCCCGUGCCACCCACGUGUGCUUCAGGCCAGCGAAAUGACGUUGGGCUACAAGUUUCGUCAUCUUCCUCGGUGACUAUUUGACGGUGGUUUAUUAGGGAGGGGUGUGUUGAAACCUUAGGGCGAUGGUGAUGAAUGUAUUUGUGUGUUUUUUCUAUGGUAUGUCCAUACCCGUCAAGUGCUUGUUAUAGGUUGUGCUAUUAGGUGGAACUCAACCAGAUUAGUUGAAGACAAAGUAGGAGGAAACAAAGACAUCCAACAUUGAGGAACCGACGUUUAAUUCGGGGAGAGGUGGUCUUCUUUUUUCUUUCCUUUUUCUGAUUAGUAGUCGAGUCCAAGUUCAAUUUGAUGUAUUUUUGGAAAAAUUACGUUUGUACAUGUAUAACUCUGCAUUGACACACCUAAUAUGUAACAUGAAUAAUAAAAAAAAGGAAAAGUUUCACCUCA